AUGUUGAAUACAGUGUCUGUGUUAGAUGUUAUUAUUAUUAUUUCAAACUUCAUGAUUAGAAAACAGUGUCAAAUGGCAUCUUGGCGAACUUCAUACUUAAUGAUAACAAGUCAAAUAACGCUAUGUAUUCUACUCGUCUCAAACUCAACGGCAACAACACAAACACCGGCUUCAACGGAAUCCCCGACAACAACGCUCACCACCCAUACUGUAGAUGAGACAACAAUACAAACACCGGCUUCAACGGAAUCCCCGACAACAACGCUCACCACCCAUACUGUAGAUGAGACAACAAUAGAGAUACGCCAUACGACAUCACAUACAUCAAUAACAUCACACAUCACACCACCAUCAGACAAUCCAACAACUAGUAAAUUGCAAAUUAUGACUGAUCAAAUUACAUCAACCAAAACUGAUGAAACUACAACAACUAAAACGGAUGAAACUACAACAGCCAAAACUGAUGAAACUACAACAGCCAAAACUGACGGAACCACAACAGCCAAAACUGACGGAAAUGCAUCUGUCCAUGAAUCUACAACAGUCGAACCUCAAAAAACUGUAACAGUCAAAACUGAUGAAACUACACAUUUCCAUACUUCACAUAGUACUGCACAGUUAAGUACGGCUAGUACUACAAACAGGAUCACAUCGGCACAAACCUCUUCCACACCGUUAACUACACACACUCCUGCAACGAUAACGAACGCUAAUCCUACAGAAUCUACUGGAAACCAAAAUUUGUCAAGUACAUUCAAAAUUAGUAUGCCAAGUAAUGGACCAACGGCAUCCAAUAUUCCUCCUAUAAGUACAACAAGUUUAAAAGCAUCUACGAAAAAUAUACAAACUGACAUGCACUCUACAAAUGCAAUGACCUCGGCACAAAUCAGUAAAGAUAAUGAUAUAUAUUCCACUGGUUGUAGAACUGGAACUUGUGAAUUAGAAAUUAUAACAAGUAGUACUGGAACAGAAAAGAUCACAAAUUGUUGUGAUACAGUACAUUGUAAUAAUGAUGUUAAAUUAUUAUCUAAUAUGGCUUCUACAUUCAGCAGUGUCUUCGCUCUUUUGACUGUCUCCGUGUUUCACACAUUCCGAUAUUAUGUUUUGUAA